UGGGACAAAGACAUUCUCUUUGUCGUUUUUCAAUUUUCCAUAAGCAACUGGUCCUCAAAACCUAGAAUCAUCCACCCGCAAAGUCGGCAGAUUUCCAGCGAAUUCAAACCCGACCCAUCGAGAAUCUGAAUCAACCCGAUUACCCAAGAUCCAAUCUUUCUAUUUGAUGAAUCAAUCGAUCCCUUUUACCGUCUCUUCUUCUCCGGCGACGGAUACGAUGGACGUUUCGCCGCUUCUUGGCCGGAACAGACGUAACCGCCCACGGUCUUCUCAGCCGCUUCGUGGCGCGGCGUCGAGACUGCUCCGCCGUGCUAGCAACCGCCGGAUGAUGCUCCGUGAGCCAUCCGUUAGAGUCCGUGAGGUGGCGGCUGAGCAGCUUGAGGAACGGCAGAGUCAAUGGGCUUACUCGAAACCCAUUAUUGUUCUCGAUAUACUUUGGAAUUUCGUCUUUGUGAUUGUUUCAAUCGCGAUUCUAGGGUUUAGCUCUGAAGAAGAUCCUGAUGUUCCUCUUAGGUUGUGGAUAAUUGGGUAUAAUUUUCAGUGUUUGCUUCAUGUUGGUUGUGUAAUUGCUGAGUAUAAACGUCGCCGUGAAGCUAAUUCUCCUCCCAGUGGUGAAGAUUCCUCCAAUCACGAAUCUCUUAGCGGAAGUGACGACGAAUCUGAUGGCUAUAGCAUCAACGACACUGAUGAUGACCAUGGAACUAGUUUCACCAAGCACCUUGAAUCUGCAAAUACGAUGUUCUCUUUUGUCUGGUGGAUCAUCGGGUUUUACUGGGUCACGGCUGAUACCGAGGCACUAGCUCAGUCUUCGCCUCAACUCUACUGGCUCUGUGUUGCAUUCCUUGCCUUUGAUGUUAUGUUUGUUGUCAUUUGCGUUGCGGUUGCUAGUCUAAUUGGUAUUGCUGUUUGCUGCUGUUUACCUUGCAUCAUCGCAAUCUUGUACGCAUUAGCAGAUCAGGAAGGUGCACCCGAUGAAGAGAUAGAAAGGCUUUUAAAAUUCAAGUUCCUCGUAGUAAAGAAUUCUGAGAAAGUGAAUGGCGAAAUCCGGGAAACUCAAGGAGGGAUAAUGACUGGAUUAGGUGCCGAGUCUCAAACCGAACGUGUGUUAUCAAGCGAAGAUGCUGAAUGCAGCAUUUGUCUAUGUGCUUAUGAAGAUGGAGUAGAACUAAGAGAACUUCCUUGUAGACAUCAUUUUCACAGUUUAUGUGUAGACAAAUGGCUAAGGAUCAACGCGACUUGCCCUCUCUGCAAAUUCAAUAUCCUCAAAAAUGGUGAACCUAGUGGCAGUGAACAAGUGUGAGGAUAAGAAAGAUUUUGCUGUUCAAUCUUUGUGGAAUGUUACCUUAAAAGUUACCUUAACAUCAACAUCAUUACCUUAAAAGUUACCCGCGUAUUCUUUGACCAUUACAGAGGAAAGAACAAGAAGAAGACCGUGAGAUUUGUUUCGAGAUGAAGCUGCACAUCUUGUCUUUUUGGAUAUGAUAUUUGUAAAUGCAAUAAGUAUAUAUAGUUCGGUUGGAAAAUGUUAUUCAUCGAGUCAGGUGUGAUUUUAGCCGUUUGGGUUUUUUAAGCAACCGAUAAGUUAGAUUAAUUUACGGUGAUGAACCAUGUUUAUAUUGCUGUGACUUCAUUGUAGUGAGGUGAAAAAGAGAAAGAGGUCACUAUUUAAUCAGAA